AUGCCUCAAGCCAGCCAGUUUCAGAACCUGUAUGCAAGGAAAAACAAAGCAGCACAUGAGGAAGAAAAUAGCCGUGUAAAUAUAUUUGCAGCAAAAUUUGAUAUUGAAAAGAUGAAUUUACAACACUAUACAAGUAUUUGCUGCACGUAUACUAUAGAUUCCGUACAGUUGAACAAAUUAGUGCACUUGCUGAUAUUUAUUAUGGAUAAAAUAAUAAAAUUGGAGUUGAAUAUGUUUAUUUCAUUUACUAUUCUGUUAUCUCAAAGACUCAUAAGGGAAAAGAGUUGA